AUGGAUCUCAUCCCAAGUGCCUUUGUGGCACGUCCGUUGAAGAUUGUUGUUAUCGGUGCUGGUAUUUCGGGAAUACAAUUCGCCCAUGAUGCGAGCACAUCAUUGCCAGGUAUCGAUCUCGAAAUCUAUGACAGAAAUUCUUCUGUUGGGGGCACGUGGUAUGAAAAUCGGUAUCCUGGAUGCACAUGCGAUGUGCCUUCCCACACCUACCAGUUCAGUUGGGCGCCUAAUACAUCAUGGUCAUCACUUUAUCCUCCAGCUCCCGAGAUUCACAAAUACUUGGAGGAUGUGGUCGACAGGCAUAAUCUUCGCCGCUUCAUGACCUUCAACACCAAAUGUGUCUUGGCUCAAUGGAACGAAGACUUAUCAAAAUGGAAAGUUGUUCUCCACGACCUGGUUUCCAGUGAGGAGAAGACCAUCUUUGCCGAUGUCUUUGUCUAUGCUGUCGGGCGGCUGAACAACUAUAAGUUCCCCAAGAUUGCUGGCCAGAACACCUUCCGAGGAGCUCAAGUACACACUGCAAACUGGCCGGCUGAUAUAACUGUCAAGGACAAGCGGGUGAUCGUGAUUGGGAAUGGUGCGAGUGCCGUUCAGUGCGUGGCAGCUUUGCAGCCAGUUGUCUCACAAAUAGUCAACAUUGCCCGCGGCCCUACGUGGAUUCUACCACAUGCAGCGGCUGAAUAUGGCACCGUCCAGCGCGAAUACUCAAUCGAACAGAAACAAGCUCUCCAGGCUUCCCCUAUUCGUUAUUAUGACUUUUGUAUCGCAUUAGAACAGAGACUUGCCGCAAGUUUCACGGGACUCUGGAGAGGGACCCGGUCUCAAGCCAAUUUUACAGCAUUGGCACAUUCAUUCAUGAAGUCCAAAAUCACAAACCCGGAACUCUUGGAUGCGCUCCUACCAGAGUUCGAAGCUGGCUGUCGUCGUUUCACACCUGGUGGCCACUAUCUGGAUGCGUUGCAGAAGCCAAAUGCGAUGUACGUGCACGACUCAAUCGAUAGACUGACCGAGGAUACCCUUAUCACUGAAUCGGGAGGGGAGUACGGAUGCGACGUAUUGGUAUACACCACUGGAUUCGAGCCAUAUCAGCCACGGUUCCCAGUUAUUGGCCGAGCUGAACGGUCCCUUAGUGAAGACUGGGAUCGCGAAGGACCUUGCGAGAGCUAUAUGGCUGCGAUGGUCGCUGAGUUCCCUAAUUUCUUUGUCUUCAACCCCCCAAUCUGCCCUGUGAAUGGAUCCGCAGUCCCCGGAAUAGCGAGAGCAAGCGACUAUAUGAUCCGAGUCUUGUCCCGACUACAGACUGACAACCUGCGAUCUAUAUCUGUGUCCGCGCGCGCUCAACGUUCAUUUAACCAAUGGGUUCAGUCGAGAAUGCCUCACAUGGUCUGGUCAGGACCAUGUAAAUCAUGGUAUAAGAACGACAAUGGAAAGGUGAUUGUUCCCUGGCCUGGAACUGUCCUCCACUACUAUGCGGCAACGGAAAUUGUUCGUUGGGAAGACUUCGAUCUAGUCUAUGAGAACCCUGAUGAGAAAUAUGCAAGUUUCGGCAACGGUGUGACUAUUGAUGGAUUCGUGCCCAAUCGUUUCCCCUGGGUUAUUCCCCCCACCGAUGUUCAAAAGUUCGAAAGGAAUGCGGAGCCUGCUUAUCAAGACAUUGCUCCACCAGGUAACGUGCUACACCGUGUAACAAGCCAUCUCUUACAGUCGCUGGGCGCAUGGCUGUAUCCUGUUCAACAUCCAGUCAAGGGUUGA